AUUCGGUCCUCCUUGAGACUCGCUGUGCUGGAAGUAGUCAUUACUGCUAGCGAUUUGCUAGCCAGGACGGUCACCAGCUAGGUUUCACUGCACUGUAGUCCGCAACCCUUAUCCUGCUCUACCCCUCCUUAUAGCACAUAUACAAGCACGCAACACCAAGCCUCAGCAUGUAUCAUUUCAACCACUCAGCAUCCGGUCCCCCUACUCCCGUCCAAGCGCCUUCUCCCGUUCAAACAAUUAACACGCCUCCGCUCCCUCCCGGAUGGAUCGCCCAAUUCGACCAGAGCAGCCAACGCUGGUUCUUCGUUCAGACAGCCACAGGCCUUACACAAUGGGAACCCCCUAUGUUCGCACCACCACCAGGGCCGCCGCCGCCGCAGACAUACGGCGCUUAUCCCCCGCCUCCAGUUCCUGCGCCAUACUACGAGGGCCAGAGAGGCUUCGAUCCCAAUGCGCCAGAGGCAAGCCCGCAAGAGGUUCAACUUACAGGACCGCAAGUCCCACAAACUGAAACCCCCGAUCCAGGGCCACAGUCAGCUAGUAGCAAGAUGGGUGUAUUCCUAAAAGAAAGCCUGAACACCGGCCUCGUCAAAAGCAAGCUGGUCCUCGAGCACUCCCUCGGCCUCGGCCACCGCCCCAACGCCAUCCCCCCCGGCGACGCCUCCAUCGACGAAGAACCCCGCCUCGUCGAGAUCGGCUGGCACCCCGUCGGCGGCUUCGGCGGCAAGUGGUUCGCCGAGAAGACCGGCUUGGGCAAGAAGAUCACGGAGAAGAUCAACAAGUACCCAGACCCAACGCAGCACUGGGCGGUGUUGGUGGACGAGUAUGCGCAUGAGCUUUGGAUGGACGAACACCUCGACGUCAUCUACAUCAACGAGAAAAUAAACCGCGCUGAGUGGCACACCUUCUCCGUCGGCAAGACGCGCUUCAACGACGAAGCCCUGCGCCAAGCCGGCGAAAUGGUCAUCCACAACAUGCGCGCCGUGCGCCCGGCCUACAACAUCAUCAGCAACAACUGCCAGAACUUCGCCGUCGCGCUGCUCGACGCCAUCCAAGUCGGCGCGCACAAGGAGUUUGCCACCAGCUUCGCCGUCUACCAGCGGGCGACCGGCAAGGGCAAGAUCAUCGACUUAUUCGUGGAUAAGCACCCCGACGAGCAGACGGACCAGCAGCGGCCCGAGCUGCAUCGCAUGGAUACGGUGCAGACGGCCGCGCAGGUCAUGGAGGCGCAGACGACCAAGCUGGAUAAUCAUCGGAGGGUGUUUGGGUAA